AUGGCUGAUGCAGUAGAUAAUUUUAGUGAUUUACAAGAAUUAGGUAUAGAUAUAAAUGAGGAAGACAGCUUGACUAUUUCUUUUAACAAAGCAGCCAGUCAUUUACAGAAGCUUUUGCCCAAUGUCGAUAAUCAGACACUCCUUACCUUAUAUGGCUAUUACAAACAAGGUACUGAAGGCACUUGUACGACUUCCAAACCUAGUUGGUAUGAUCUUCGUGCAAAGUCUAAGUGGGAUGCUUGGAAUAAACUAGGAGAUCUACCCCAGAAAGAAGCUAAGACACUAUAUAUAGACACUCUUAAGAAAUUAGAUCCUACAUUCGAUGAUGCUCCCUUGGAGAAAUCUGAGGAACAGUGGAUAAAAGUAUCUUCCAUGUCCAAGGACGAAAUCCCUCAGUCAGAGCUCACAGUAAUAGAUUAUAUCAAGGAAAAUAAUGUGAAAGAAGUAAGACUUUAUUUAAAAACAAAUCAGCCAGAUCUUGUCAAUGAUGGACUUUCACUAAUACACUGGGCAGCUGAUGGAGGUAGUAGUGAAAUUUUGAAAUUGUUAAUAGAUGCAGGGGCUGAUGUAAAUAUAAAAGAUAGUGAUGGACAGACUGCUUUACAUUAUGCUGCAAGUUGUGGCCAUACUGAUUGUGUUAAAUUGUUGUUGCAGAAGGGUGCUAACAAAGAAAUAACUGAUAAUGAUGGUUGUACUCCUCACAGUGUUGCUUCUGAAAAUGAAAUAUUAGAAUUACUUAAUUAG